AUGACUCAAGCUCCUACCGCGAUGGAAGUUACUCAGGAUCAAAUGAAGAAACAACCCUUCAAAUGGUCCACCAUCCUCUUUACAGCCGGAGCGGCUUGGGGUGCUGCAUCUUAUGGCUACUCGGCCAGCAUCAUUGGCACAACCCUCGGUCAACCCUCGUUCUUGAACUAUAUGGGUCUGGAUACCAACCCUAACGCAUCUGCAUUGAUUGGUGCGAUGAAUGCCAUGUUCUACGUUGGUGGCAUCUUUGGGACAAUCUCAAGUGGUUGGCUGUCUGAUCGAUAUGGCCGUAAGGCCGUUAUCAUGGGCGCAGCUGCUUUGAUUUUCGUUGCAAAUGCGCUAUCGGCUGGAUCGGUAAAUAUUGGCAUGUUCAUCGUCUUUAGAACACUGGCAGGCGCAGGUUCUUUUGCUGAGGUUACCAUUGUUCCUCUAUGGAUCAAUGAGAUUGCACCACCCAGGGUUCGUGGUGUUCUGGCAGCCAUCAACGGUGUUUUUGUUGACGUUGGUUAUGUUUCAGCAUCCUACGUCGGAGUUGGCUUCUAUUUUGCCGAGCAGAAUCCUCUUGGACGUGCCAUAUGGCGAGGCCCUCUUGCGAUCGGCUGCGUCCCUUGCAUCCUUUGCAUACUCUGCACUUGGUUUGUUCCUGAGAGCCCAAGAUACUUCUUGCUUAAGGACCAAGCAGAUAAGGCUUGGGAAGUCGUCAAAAGCUUACACUCUCGCGAUGACGAUCCCGACCACGCCUUUGCAAGCGCUGAGUUUUAUCAAAUGAGGCGACAGCUUGAAUUCGAGCGCACCCUAAACGUCAGCUAUAUGGAGUUCUUCCGAAGACCUUCAUAUCGAAAGCGCGCUUUGAUGUCUUGUGGACUUACUUUCUGUUGCAUCGCUUCAGGAUCUCUCGUCAUCAACAACUAUGGAACCAUUCUCUACAAAGGCCUAGGCUUUGGCACCACCCAGACAUUACUAUUCCAAGCUGGGUGGCUGGGCACUGCAUUCGGCACUUCUCUUAUCGGAUUGUUUAUCGUAGACCGACUCCCACGUCCCGUGUUCAUGGGUCUUGGCUUCCUUGGUUGUGGGAUAACGAUGACCAUCCAAACUGCUCUUACGGCCAACUUCAUCGGCUCAACAAACCGAACUGCUCUUGCAGGAACCGUUGCGAUGCUAUUCAUCUGGGUUGCAUGCUACUCAAUCUUCUUGGAGGGACCUUCCUUCUUCUACUCUGGAGAGCUUUACCCCACACACCUAAGGGCAAAAGGCAUGACGCUCGGCAUGGUCUCGCUUUGUAUAUCAAGCAUCAUCUGGUUGCAGUCAGCGCCUACAGCCUUUAAGACUAUUGGAUGGAAGUUCUACUUAUUCUUUAUCAUCAUAACAUUCUUGGCGGCUGGCACGAUCUUAUGGAAGUUCCCGGACACGCGGAACAAACCCCUCGAGGAGAUUGCAAAGCUAUUCGGAGAUGAUGAUCUUGUGAUGAUAUACCAAAAUGAUAUCAUCAUCGACCCGCAAAAUCAGGCGGUCGUGGUGGAUGAGAAAAAUAGAAGCUCUACACACGUCGAAAAUUCUCCUGUCGCUUAA